AUGGAUUUCUGUUUCCAGCCAGCACGAGAGCAUUCUGGACCUUUUGUUUACGCAAAAGGAGAGGCCCCAGCCGAAAAGCUUCUGCCCGAGCUCUGGUGGGAAGUGGUCACCUAUCUUACGAAAAAAGAAUGGCUAACCCUUCGGCUGAUCUCCAAAGAGGUGGAGAGGAAAAUAUUCCCCCUCGUUUACAAACUCAUGCUGCCGCGUCUGCCGAGGCUUAAUACAAACUUAUCUCGCGAGAACAUUCAGAAAGUCCAUACAAUUGCCUCGAACCCUGACCUCUGCCACAUCCCACGAACUAUGCAAGUCGCCUAUCCAUGGCGUAAUAGCUGCCUUGGUAAAGAGUUCAACGCCGACAGCCAUUUCAAGCAACUUUGCUCGAAGUUACCAGAGAUCCAUACCCUAAUCAACGACCUCAAGUACUCUCUCACAAACUGUCGCAGCUUUGAGAUGCACCUAGACGUAUCAUUAUUCCAGUUACGGGCCGAGAGCGAAUAUAUCAAUAUCUUGCUCGAACUCCUUGCCGAAGCUGACAUUAAUCCAGAGCAGCUUACCUUCUUCGUCCCGUCAGAAGAUCGCAUUCGCUCGGGUACAUACCCAUUCUUCCCUCAAAUUAUAGAGCCUCACAACAUGAUUCGCAGCUGGACAAACCUUCACACCUUGACAAUCGUCGAUGUCUACCCCGAAGCCUGUUAUGCCUCUGUGGAAUCUGCUGUUUGUCAGACUUUUAAAAAGGCGCCGUGUCUGGAGCGCCUCGUUUGCCAAGCUUUCGAUCAUCCUAGACAGUAUGGGAAUGUCCUGUUACCUCUCAGCAAGGCCGGUCCCUUCCCUCGACUCAAACAUCUAGCGCUUUAUUCUGUUGCAGUCCAUUCAGAGGACGUCCUCAGAUUGUUGAAAGUCAACGGCCAGUACCUGGUCUCAGUGGGCUUCUUCCGCUGUUGGAGCAACAGUCCAGAGCACUGGGAGGCCUUACUUUUGCUCAUGAAAGACUAUAUGCCCAGAUUGAACUCGUUCACCCUCGACAAAGGGAUGGUGGGAAUUGCUGGUGGUAACUUUCCGAUCCGGCUUUACAACUAUACAUAUGAAGGCCCAAACAUCGGGGAUAUACUCGGGAAACUGAAAUUUGGUGAAGGUGGAGUGUAUCUUUAG